AGAAACCAGAGCCGAGUCCCCGGUGACGGUGCCCGGGGCAUAAUUACCCACCAUCAUGGGGGCAUCAGAGAAAUAGGAAAAAAAAAAUCCUCUGUCGUCCUCCGCAAAUCGCGCAACCAACUUCACAGCAUCUCUCUCUCUCUCUCUCUCUCUCUCUCUCUCUCUCUCCAUUUGGAUCGAAGGUAGAAGAAGCAGGCCUAAACUCCAUAGCUCGCACGAUCGCUUCCUUUCACUAGGUUUGUACAAAGGACAAUAUGUCAGGCACGGAAGAUAUCAAAGAUCGUGAACAUGUGGAAGGAGAGGUCCUAGAGGACUCUGAGAAAGCCAAACCAUCACCCCUGCCUGUGGAAGGAGAAGGAGAGGUCCUAGAGGACUCUGAGAAAGCCAAACCAUCACCCUUGCCUGUGGAAAGAGAGGUCCUAGAGGACUCUGAGAAAGCCAUGCCAUCACCCCAGCAGGAGGAGGAAGCUGUCAAGAAGAAGUAUGGAGGAAUAAUGCCCAAGAAAACCCCACUUAUAUCCAAGGACCAUGAACGUGCUUUCUUUGACUCUGCUGAUUGGGCUCUGAGGAAGCAAGGUGUAGAGAAGCCCAAAGGACCACUUGAAGAACUUCGACCUAAAUUGCAGCCAACACAACAGCAAACACGAUACCGGAAAUCUCAUUAUGCACCAUCUGAUGAAGAAGGAGGGAUUGCUCCACCUGAGGAUGCAGCAACAAAUGAAUGAAAGGCGCUUGCUGUUCAUUUGAUUUGGCGAGAAGUGCUAAUUCGUAUUCUAAUAUAUGCAUCGGUGAUUAGUGAAUUUAUCUGUUUCGAUGAUAUUGGCAGAGAUUUGUGUUCCAAUGUUUGCUGAGAGAAGAGAGAGACACUUUCCAUCUGUAGCUGUGCAACUAUACUGUCAACAGCAGAAGCUUUUGUCCCUUAUAUUCCUGAAUCGCAAUGUAUUAUUUCUGCGUUCAGACGUUAGAAAAUGUUUCAUGGGAAAGAGGAUAGGCAGAUUGUAGGUAGAUAAAUCCGUUGAAUGAGUAAUUAAAGUAUCAUUUUCCAUUUCUUUCA